AUGGCGAGGGCGGGUCUCAGAGCGUCUUUUGACCUACUUCCCACAGAGGUUCUGGACAUAAUUGUGGAGAAAGUGAGGAGGGAUUGUGGGGAGAGCUUCCAAGCGCUUGGGAUUACGAGCAGGGAGUUGCGUGACUCUGCCAGAAGAUGCACCAGGACUCUGGUUGUGACGCCUUCGGAGGAUAUCGAGAAGCAGACGGUCAAAGAAGCAUCCAAAGACGGCAGCCUGUCAAUGCAUCUCAACGAGUUCCUGCUGGAGGAGAUCAGCAAGCGGCCUGGCCUUUCUGAGCUGGUGAUGAGCGAGCCUGGGUUUCUAAGUUGGAGCGGGACGAUUUCCAUCUUGACAUCUCUGUCAAGCGUUCGUUUGACCAAGUGCAGUCUGCUUGCUCAUGCCUGCGCCUCUGACCCCGGCAACCUCGUCACUUGGGAGGGCUCCUUCUGCGAGAGCGCGCUCUCUUUUUCUAAAGAGAGCCUCAAGAAGCUCAGCUUAGUCAAGCGGAUCUUCGCAGCGUGCCCUCACCUGGAAAAGCUAGGCUUCAGCGGCUGCGACGGGGAGGAGAUAGUCAGGUGGGAGAAAUUUGUGCAAGGAGUGAGAGUCGUCGAAUAG